AUGGUAUGGCCGUUCGGAUCCUCGCCACCCGACCGCGACAAACCCGAGCACGAUGAUACGCGACGACCGAUUGCAUGGGACAAGUCGCUCGGCGAGGUCGCGGACCCGUUUGACGCAGCCAAACAAUGGGCACCUGUGGUGAUGUCCUCGCUGGUCGGUCUUGCCGCGCUGCAACUUUACGCAAACUACCUGCGGCGGAUCCCCGGCGCAGCAUUCAUCAAGCAGUCGGCGUUUCGCAAGAAGACGCUGUUUGGCCGCGUGACGAGCGUCGGCGACGGCGACGGCUUCCACCUGUUCCACACGCCCGGCGGCAAGGCCGUAGGCUGGGGCUGGCUCCGCAAGGUGCCCGAAAAGCGACGAGACCUCAAAGAUCGCACGAUUUCAAUACGACUCGCGGGCAUCGACGCGCCCGAGGGAGCCCACUUCGGACGACCGGCGCAGCCGUAUGCGGACGAGGCGCUGAAGUGGCUGACGGACUACAUCCUUCACCGAAACGUGCGGGCGCACAUCUACAAGCGAGACCAGUACAACCGCGUCGUCGCGACCGUCUACGUGCGGCGGUUCCUGAUGCGCCGCAACGUCGGGCUGGAGCUGGUGAAGCGGGGACUGGCGACGACAUACGAGGCGAAGUCGGGCGCCGAGUUUGGUGGCCUGAAGAGCGUGUACGAAAAGGCGGAGGCGGAUGCGAAGAGGAAGAAGCUGGGCAUGUGGUCUGGCAAGGCCAGCGAAUUCGUGAGCCCACGGGCAUACAAGAGUCGAUACUCUGGCCAAGAUGGCGAUUAA